GCCCGAGACAUACGCAACAAUGAAGUGGUGGCUAUUAAGAAGAUGUCCUACAGUGGGAAGCAGUCUAAUGAGAAAUGGCAGGACAUUAUCAAGGAGGUGAAAUUUUUGCAAAAGCUACGCCACCCAAACACAAUUGAAUACAAAGGCUGCUACUUACGGGAACAUACAGCAUGGCUGGUGAUGGAAUACUGUCUAGGCUCAGCCUCAGAUUUGCUGGAAGUGCACAAGAAACCACUGCAGGAAGUAGAGAUUGCAGCCAUAACGCAUGGUGCUCUGCAGGGACUUGCCUACCUGCAUUCACACAAUAUGAUCCACAGGGACGUUAAAGCUGGGAAUAUCCUUCUGACUGAACCAGGACAAGUGAAGCUGGGGGACUUUGGCUCAGCUUCUAUCAUUGCUCCUGCUAACUCCUUUGUUGGCACCCCAUAUUG